AUGGAGCAUAUGCGGGAGGCGCCCCUGGCAGCAGGUCUGCUCACCACACUCCUGUCCUCCGCCAUUCCAACGCCCACCGCUCUAGCCCAACAUUCACCUUCUUCAUCCCCGCUUCUAUCUUCUCCGACUGCGAACCCCGUGUACGAUGGCGGCAACGGUGAUGGGGAAUCGGGUGGCAUGCACGAAUGGUCCUCCCUGAUUGGAAUUGUGACUGCGCUGGUUGGCAACGUGCUCAUUUCGCUGGCGCUCAACAUCCAACGCUACGCGCACAUCCGGAUCGAUCGGGAAUGGGAACAGGAGAAGCUACAAAAAGAGAUAGACUGGAAACGCACCCACCAAGGCCAUGACCACGAUCUGGGUGAUGGUGAAUCCGGUCGAGGCCGCAGCCGUGCUGCUCUCCAAGGACGUUACCGGGAUGAAUCCCCUGACUUUGUACCUGAGGACGCGCCGAACCGUUCCGAGCGGAGCCAGCGAUAUCGCGACGAGGAAGAGGAAGACGACGUGCAUGAUUACAUGGGGGAUUCAAUGCAGUCCGACAAUACUGUCCGGCCGGAAAACGAGGGCGACCGCCGGAGUGGCCGCAAAUCCUACCUGCGCUCGCCGUACUGGUGGGUCGGAAUCGUGCUCAUGUCUGUAGGCGAGGUGGGAAACUUCAUGGCCUACGGGUUCGCGCCCGCGUCUAUCGUGUCUCCGUUGGGUGUGGUCGCGCUGAUCUCGAACUGUGUCAUUGCGCCCUUCAUGCUGAAGGAGAAAUUCCGGCAACGCGAUGCUUGGGGUGUUCUCAUCGCCAUCGCGGGCGCCGUGGUGGUUGUGAUUAGUGCCCCGUCCUCGGAGGAGAAGAUUGGGCCUCACGAUAUCUGGGUGAUGAUCACGCGCUGGGAGUUUGAACUCUACUUGGGGCUCACGGCUGCGUUGAUUGUCGGGCUGAUGUGGGCUAGUCGUAAGUAUGGGCCGAAGACAAUCUUGAUCGACGUGGGGCUGGUUGCAUUGUACGGUGGAUAUACUGCCUUGUCGACCAAAGGUGUCUCUUCUCUAUUGACAUUCACCUUUUGGCAUGUUAUCACGUUCCGGGUCACUUAUCUCCUCGUUUUCAUCCUCAUCUUCAGCGCAAUAAUGCAGAUUCGAUACAUCAACCGAGCGCUGCAGCGUUUCGAUUCGACCCAGGUGAUCCCGACUCAGUUUGUUCUUUUCACUCUUUCAGUCAUCAUCGGCAGCGCCAUUCUGUAUCGCGACUUCGAAGCUUUCACGGUGAAGCGCGCCAGCAAAUUCGUGGGCGGUUGUCUUCUGACCUUCCUAGGAGUGUACUUCAUCACUAGUGGAAGAGUCCGUAGCGACACGGAGUCCUCUUUCUCGGCUGAUGACGAGGAAGAAGCUAUCGGGCUGCUGGCGGGGGAGCGCUAUCACGAUCAUGUCGAUCUGUCACCGAAUCUAGCUCCGCAAGGCAAAGUACAUCAGCAGGGACGAACUGUGCACAAUUUUCAGGAUGGCAGUCUGGAAUCUCCCUCCGGGUCACUUACCAGUCAUGGCCUUGAGGAUGUGGAUGAUAAUUUGCCCACGCCUCGGGGAGCUUUGUCUGCUGCGCCAUCAUCCCCGACGGGUUCUCUUAUUGCGGAAUCGGAAUCACGUCGCUUAGAUGAGCCCACAUCCCCUGUACACCCCAGUUCACUUCUAAGAAACCCGUGGGCUGAGUCCCGAGGAUCAACGUCGGCUUCAAGCCAUCGCCCAUCCACCCCUCCUGGACACUCGGGAUCAACCACACAUGAGUCGCCAUUUCUGCUUCGCUUCCCUCCUGCUCCUGGCGCAGAAGACGGCGAACCGCAAGGCACGCCCACUGAAGGAACUCAGCAGAAUGUCCGAAACGUUGUUGUCCCGCAGACCCCACCGGCACGGAGACUGCGCAAUUCCAUAUCUAACUUCUCGCCUGGCCCUUUCCUCCCCGCGAUCUCAUCUGGGUUCAGCGCGGUGGUUGCUGAGUCGCUUCGUCGCGGUGAGAUCAGCCCCAACAAGGGUCGGAAGAUUGGACGACGGAUAGGCCGGAAGAAGCAGCUGAGUACGACAGUGUUGGAUGGAUACACUCGGACCAGAAAUGGCGAGACACUCGAGCCCAUCCGUGAUUCGGAUGGAAGUGCUGGAGUGGGUCUAAACCCCCGGUUCCCAUUGUCAGACACCCGGCUCCAUUCUACGGGUGAGCUCUCUACAGCUCCUGUGACUGCCGGUGCUGCCACUCCUGGGCUCGAAUCGGAAGUUGGUACUGGAACGCCCAAACCACAGGAUAUUGCCUCGCUCUCGCGACUUCGAAGCCUGAGUGAUUCGUGGAGCGGAGGACUGGCCUGGCUCGGCGGCGUUCUCCACAAACCCGGUGCGAGGAGAGGGUCCGCUAAUCCACCUCUGUCGGAAGACCAAGGAGUUGACGGCAGUGCCGGGUCCGAGUCUGACACGCAGGUGUAG